AUGCACCUCGCAAUGUUUUUAUUUCGUAGGCUUUUUGCAAUUCAUAUCCCUCUGAUUUUUGUAAAAAAUAUGUGUAGUACAAUCAAAUUACAAGGUAAAUGCACCAUAUUUAGAUUUGAUCUAUAUGAUGGAAUUAAAAUUAUUGAAAUUAAGAAACCAAUUACUGUAAAUGAGAAUAACAUACUAGUAGAUGAAGAUAACAUUUUUUCAUACGAAGGGAUACAAAAGAUUUUUAUUAAAAAAGAUUAUAUUUUUUCUUCACAGUUAUUAUUGAAUAAUAAACCUGUUGGUCGAGAUAUUUUUCAACAAAUGCUAUUUGCAGAGAAGCUUAAUGCAUCUCUGUUGGGUACGUAUGACUUAUUUGAUAUUUUUACUUUUAAUACUAGCAUGGAGGAUUUUAUUUUAGAUAAACAUUUUAUAGAAUUGCGCAAUACAUUUCGAAAAUUUAAAUGGGAUUUAAUUUUUGUGCAAAAAAGCAAAAGUUUUUUUUAUGAUUACAUUAAAAAGUUUUUAAUGUAUGUCCUCAUAAAUGUUUAUGGUAUGACUAAAGAUUCAAAAUUAGUUAAAGAAGUAUUUAAGCUAACAAAUGAAAAUUUUUAUGAUCUGAGUGAAGAAAUUAUUCAAAUAAUAAAUUUUGAAGCAUGGGACGAUUUUAUUAUAGGAUCUAAUAAUUACCAAAUUUUAAGAGAAAUUGUAAAAAAGAGUUAA